AUGAAUGAUGUCAUUUGGUGGACUGAAAUAAAAGACAGGCAUGUCAUUGUUUGCGAUAAGAUAGACGAACUUUUGUGGUCGCGUAGUGAGUUUAAAGCGAAUCAGACCUUUAUUCAAGAGUGUUUGCGCUUGGGUUGUACAACGACGAAGUAUCGUGGCAAGUAUGCCUUUUUACGAAUUGGCCAUGCCCAGGAGAUAGUCUCGGCUGGAUUUUCCUUGGCGGCUUGUGUGGCAGCUGGAUGGUUUGGAUGGAAGAUUAGGAGGCUUAGGUACUUGCCUGAGUACCGGCUAAAAGAUAGCUUGUUGGGCUACCAUUUGAUUUUGGAGACAGCAAUUAGUCUGCAAUGUUUGACAUGGUUUUUGAGUGGGGUUUUUCACUUCCGUGAUAUCUAUGUGACUCAAGUCAUGGACUACUUAGGGGCAAUGGCUAGUAUUCUUUCUUUGGGUAUAGUUAGUUUGAGUCGUUGGGGGAAGGUUUCACGGAGUGUUUGGCUGGCUAAAACUAUCUUCUUUUUAGGGCACUCGGUCUAUCUGCUGGGAAUUGAGUUUAACUUUGGGUAUAACGCAAUGGUCUGUGGGCUGUUGUUUGCGCUGAAUUGUGGUUUAUGGGUGGUAUGGUACCGGCGGCUGAAAAGUCCAUGCCGGGUGGUGUUGAAAGUAGCGGGGGUAGGAUUAGUACUGGCUAGCUUAUUCCAAGCUCUUGACUUUGGCCCAAUCUUGUUUCUAGUGGAUUCACAUGCACUGUGGCAUAUUUUUGGGUUUCUCUUCUCAAGUAUACUCUACUACUUCUAUUAUUUGGAUCUGACGGAAUUAGGAUUGCAUUGA